AUGGUAGUGGAUGUGAAGCGAGCCAAGUUAAAAACCGCAUUCAAGAAUGCAAAGACAAUAUCACCUCUGUAUACCUCUGGACCUGUUACUGUAACUCCUGAUGGGAGAAUCAUCGUAACUUGUGUUGGGGAAGAAAUUCUGUUAACGGAGAUCUCUACGGGAACUCAAAUAUGUCGUUGUUUGGGUGACACCGAAUCCAUCACCGCUCUAGCUAUAACACCCUCCUCGACCCAUCUCCUUGUUUUCACCUCAUCACUAUCGCUUCGUAUUUUCGAAAUACCGGCCAGCUUGUCUAGCACCUCCCCAUCGACAAUUAGUCCAGUACGAGUGAUUGCUCGUGCGCAUGAAGCACCUGUCCAUGUCUGCAAAGCAGACCCCACCUCGACUUACCUCGCUUCUGGCUCUGCAGAUGGUGUAGUCAAAGUAUGGCACAUCGCUCAAGGCUAUGUUACACACCUAUUCAAGGGACACGGUGGGGUCGUGAGUGCACUAGCAUUCAAUUAUCCCCAAGACUCCUCAUCACUUACUCGACAAGACUCGAUGCAACUCUUCACAGCGUCUGUAGACACUCGUAUACGUGUUUUCGAGCUGCUUGCAGAAAAUCGAACUUCAAAACCGUUUGCAGUCCUUGAAGGACACGUCUCUGUUCCUCGUGGGUUGGACGUUUCUUCGGAUGGUAAAUGGCUUAUUAGUGGUGGGAGGGAUUCGGUGGUGUUGGUAUGGGAUCUAACACCCAUGAAAAACCGUCAGUCAUUGAAGGAGAGCAGCAGUAAAAAGGGAAAGGAUAAAACUGCUGCACCAUUAUUGGCCAAGACGAUACCGGUGUUGGAGCGUGUCGAAGCAGUUGGUUUACUGCCUGCAGAGGAAAGUUCAAGUUCGUCCACGCCUGCUUCAGGUGGUGAUAGUUUGAGCUUCUUCACGGGUGGUGCAAAUGGCGUCAUUAAAGUUUGGGAUGCAAAGCAGGGAGCUACCUUAUUCUCGCUCGGAAAAGAGCAAUCUCAGCCGUUGAAUGAGGAUAUGGAGGAGCAACGACAAAUUGUACACGCACUGUACCUUCCUCAAUGCUCGACACUCGUAUCAGUACACGCCGACCAAAAUAUUCUCUUCCACUCCCUCUCUCGCCGUUCCUUAACUCGUCAGUUAAUCGGUUUCAAUGACGAGAUCGUCGACAUGACCUUCCUCUCCCCGAACGAGAAUUGCGACUCUCACAUUGCACUAGCGACCAAUUCAUCCCUCAUUCGUGUUUAUUCUGCAUCAAACAUGGACGCACGGCUACUAGAAGGACACAAAGACAUAGUUUUGUGUUUGGACAAGGGAAUGCAAGGGCGUAUCCUAGCAAGCGGUGGUAAAGAUCGAUCAGCACGACUAUGGACAACUCUCCCGCAGUCUUCUGGAGAUCCAGAGCAAUGGGGAUACCGUUGUAUAGGGAUUUGCGAAGGACAUGCUGAAAGUGUUGGCGCUAUCGCGUUGGCUCGUAACACCUCCGUUGAUGAUGAAAGUGGAAUUCCGUUCAUGUUUACUGGUAGCCAAGAUCGAACCAUCAAAAUGUGGGAUCUAUCAGUGGUCCCUUCACCCUCCUCCCCAUCUUCUUCGAGAGAUCAGCCUGUGAAGUGUAAAAGUUUGUCGACACAUAAAGCCCAUGACAAGGAUAUCAACUCACUAGAUGUCUCCCCCAAUAAUCGGUUAUUAGUAUCAGGCUCUCAAGACCGAACAGCUAAAGUCUUCCAGAUUGAUUAUUCUGGAAAGGGUACCUCGUUAUCCGGGUCGAUAAAACUACUUGGCGUAUGCAAAGGACAUAAACGGGGUGUUUGGACUGUCAGGUUCGGGAGGGAAGAGAGGGUAUUAGCAACAGGCAGUGGUGAUAAGACUAUUAGGUUGUGGAACUUGGAAGACUUUUCGUGUGUGAAGACUUUCGAAGGGCACACCAACUCGGUGCUGAGGGUCGACUUCCUGAAUGCCGGGAUGCAGAUGGUUAGUUCGGCAUCUGACGGAUUGGUCAAAAUUUGGAAUGUCCAGACUGAGGAGUGCAUGACUACUCUUGAUAAUCACGAGGAUAAGGUGUGGGCAUUGGCCGUUAGCACAGACGAGAGAAAGAUUCUCUCUGGCGCUGCAGACUCGAUUGUGACAUUCUGGGAGGAUUGCACGGAAGAACAAGAGGAAGAACAAGAAAAGAAACGCGCGGAUCUGGUUCUGAAAGAACAAGACUUCCAAAACUACCUUUCUCUUCACGACUAUCGAAGGGCUAUCGAGCUGGCGCUUGCAAUGGCACAACCUGGCCGUUUACUAUCGCUAUUCAGAGAAAUUGGUUCCGUGGAACUUGAAUCGUCAGAAUCCGAAGCGUCCUCUUUAACGGGGAGUUCCGCGGUCGACGAAGUGUUGCGAACACUGUGCGGGUCUGACCUGGCAAGGCUCCUCAAAUACGCACGGGAUUGGAACGCGAAUGCAAAGACAAGCACUAUAUCGCAAAACGUUUUAUACGCGAUAUUGAAGUUACGCCCUGCGGGGGACGUUGCUGAUGCGUUCAUGAGGGACGGUCAGAAUGUGGAAAAUCUUGAUGGGGAGAGCCAACUGAUGGCAUCAAAAGGGUCGACGGUGUUGAAAGAGUGGAUCGAUGGAUUCAUCCCUUACAGCGAGAGACAUUUGGCGAGGUACGAUAAGCUACUGCAGGACAGUUACAUGGUGGAUUUCAUUCUGUCAGAGAUGGAUGGUGGGCUGUUUGAUGGGGAGACGAAUGAUAUGGAGAUUGAUUAG